GUUUGAAUGACCCUCUGCAGUGUUUCUUUCCAGACUCUCUGGACAAUCAGUCGUGGACGCCAUCAUUCGCUGCCCGUUCCUGUCUCGAGUCCCUCAGACCUUCCUGCAGCAGGCUAGAAAGUCCUUGGUGGCGUACGCCGUGAAGUGUCCCGUCAUGAUGGACCUUGCGUCGAGGCCGCUGGUGCGCUCGCUCUGCUCCUCGUCCUCCAGCUUCCAGAAAAGUGAGGGCACUCCUCCAGCCGGCGAGGGAGCCAAAGAGGCGGCUAGAGUGCACCCCGCGCCGCCCGCCGGUCAAGCGUCCGCCUCCAGAUGCCCGUUCCUGGCGGCUGAGAUGGGGCAGAGGAACAGCGGCGUGGUGCGGCAGGCCAGCAUGGCGCUUCAGGAGGACGUCUCUGAAGUUCGCACCGUGUGCAAAGGUUUGUGAGGAAGUGUUUUAGUGUGUUGGGCUCCGCUGUGGUUUACUGUAUGUUAGGGGUUGUGAAGUAAUGCGUUUACAAAACUGUUUGGUCAGGCCAGAUGAUAUGCCUGCAAGAUU